UGAACGUUCCACCAAAUUCAUCUGGCAACGCUGUAUAUCAGUCAAUUUUGUUUGACUGUUGACAGGACAACGAACGCUAGCCUUUUGCAAGAUUACAAGGCGUUGAAUCUAAAUAAACGGUUGACUUUCGCGGUAUUAAAGAGAUUACUGAAAUAAAAUGCCACCCAGAAAAAGGGAAAAGGAUCCAGAUACAGUAAAAACGCCAAGAAUUGACCACAUACAAGCCGAUCAUGAAUUAUUCUUACAAGCUUUUGAAAAACCCACUCAGAUAUAUAGAUAUUUGCGGACAAGAAAUAUGUGUUCGCCAAUAUUUCUGAAUAGAACUCUAACCUAUAUGAAGCACAGGAUGUCGAGAAGCCAUAAAAACAGGCAAGGUUUCAAAAUAGAUUCAUUAUUAGAUAAAGUGCUAUCAAAAAGGGACUCUUUGACCAUUCAACCAGGGUACAUAAAUUUAACAUUUCUCGGUUUCAAUAACAAAUCUUUGGAGUACCAAGCACAAAUUGCACAAGUAGAAACGGUUUUAUUAAAAAUUACUCAUAAAAAGCGCAAAGACAGCUCUGCUCCCAGUAUGCAAGUAACUCUUGGUACUGCAGAUGUACCAAUUAAUCCAGAUGAGCACCAUUUGCCUUUAACUGCGCCUACAAUUAGCAUUCCAACUGAAUCGUUCAAUCCAUCCAGUGGACCUUUAGUUAAGUCAUAUAUAUUAUUAUUUAGGGUCAAGGUUACUCCAGAAAAAGAUCUGGAUGAUGAACCUGCUGCAAAAAAACGUAAACCAAAUGGCACAAAUGAUAAUUCGAAAUUAUAUGGGGCAGAACUUACUGUUUAUGAUAAGCAUAAUAGAUGUUAUCUAAGUGAUGGAGACUAUGAUAUAGUAGUUCAAGAUUUUACAUUAAAUCCUAAAAACACUUUAAAGAAACAUGCCAGUUGGGAAAACGUUACAGAUAUUGUAGAUGCUUGUGGAAAUCUCGAUACAUUCAUGAAAGGAUCUGUGCUAAAAUUUAAGCUUAAUUGGUCCCCAGAUGCAUGCGCAAAAAUAGUAGACAGACCUCAACCUUAUCCUUUACAGGAAAAUAAGGAAAAUCUGCCACUUGUACUCAAUGGCAAUGGUAAUGCUGAGAAGCUCCAAAUAGUUUAUCAAUUUGUUUACAAUAAUAAUUCACGUCAACAGACUGAAGCUUGCGAGGACCUACAUUGUCCUUGGUGUAGCUUAAAUUGCAACUUAUUAUAUACUUUAUUGAAACAUUUAAAACUUUGCCAUUCGAGAUUUACAUUCACAUAUGUUCCCAUAUCAGUCGGAGCUAGGAUAGACGUAGCCAUAAAUGAAAUGUAUGACGGUUCUUAUACUGGGUCACCACACGAUUUGAUAUCACAGCCAUCUGUGUGUGCUUUUUCAAGAAAUGGACCUGUACGUCGAGCAUCUGUUACUCAUAUUUUGGUGUGUCACCCUAAGAGACUAAAACCAAGUUUAUCGGAGUUUUUGGAACUUGAUGACUGCGAGUUUGAUGGACAGAGGCCGUUUAUAACAGGUCACAACAGACUAUACCAUCACACGAGCACAUGCCUACCGAUCUAUCCCAAGGAAAUGGACGUAGACUCGGAAGGCGAAAACGACCCGGAAUGGCUGCAACACAAAACCAGGAUGAUGAUAGAUGAAUUCACGGACGUCAAUGAAGGCGAAAAAGAACUGAUGAAGAUGUGGAACCUCCACGUGAUGAAAUACGGAUUUGUAGGUGACUGCCAAAUUCCGAUAGCCUGCCAAAUGUUCGUCCAACAUAAAGGUAAAGAAUUGCUGUUGAAAAACCUGUACAGGAACUUCGUGGUGCACAUGACCAGCCUGUUCGACUUCGGUCUAGUUAGCGCGGUGUGUUUGUACACCACUUUACAGAAACUGCAGGAAUUGGUUGGCGAUUCCGGUCCGAUUCGUAAUAUUUUGAAGCAAUCCAGAGAAGCACAAAUGGAUAACUGGUCCAGGAUGGGCAACGUGCUGCCCAGUAUCGACAAAGCCAUUUCCAUUUGCUCCAAGACUCCGAACGCUGGUAGAAAAGCCGGCAAUCUAUGUAUGCAAAGGAGAAAGGGUACGCCGACCCCAUGUGAUAGCACCACCAGAAGAAAAUCAGUCUGCGGCGGAGAAUCGUCACGCAAACGUCUUAGCCUUACUGUAAAUAAAUGCGACCAAAAAUCUAGUUAGUAACAGAUAAUUCAUUAUCGAAUACGGGCGACAAUACAUUAUUUUUAUACUUCUAACUAAAUAACUCGAUAAGCGGCUAAUGUUCUAUACGAGGUGAUUCUAAAAUACGCUUUCGACGCUUUUUAUUCGAGAUUGUCUCAAAAAAUUAUCAAAAAUGAAAUAUGGUAGGUGGAGUCUAAUCUCACUGGUUUUUAAGAUAAAUAUUAUUUAUUUCGAAAAUUAUGUAUACAUCUACAUAUAAUUAGAGAUAAAUAAAUUAACUUCAGUAUUUAUAAAUAAUAAUAAUAAAUAAUAUAAUGAUGAUAAUAAUAAUACUCUGUGACUGAACGACUUGUGUAGAGGGUGUUUUUGGAAUAGAUAAUAAAUAUGAUGUUCAAAAACUAAUAGCACCAUUAGUGUAUCCUGAAAACACCUUUGUUAAUCAGGCGCCUAUUUAAAUACAAAUAAAAAUCAUCUUAGAGAUCAAACAUCAAAUGUUAAAACUUCAGUUACUGUUCGCUGCAUUAGUUCAGCUGUUGGCAUUAUACAAUAUUUCAAAAAAAAAUGUUUUUAAUGGUUCAAGGGAAGUCAAAAUAUUAACCAGUUAUAAAAUGUGCAUGUAUUUUAAAAACACCCAGCCCACGUUUUUCUUUUAACAUAGUCUUUAUAUCUCUUUAAGUGUCUAGCCUGUUUGCAGAUUGGCUUAUAUCUGAGACUCAAUUCAUACAUUAUAAAUAUCGCCUGUUUAAACUUGUUUUAUCGAAUGAUUAUUUUAAAUACAAUAUUUUUGUCUAUAGAGGGAGGCCGAAAGUGAACCUUGUCCUGAGCAGCUUUGCAACGCGACUUUUCGUAGCUAUAGUAUUAUUUUAUUUAUAUAUUUAUCAUACAUAUUUUAUCUCUGCUUUACAAUUUUAUUGUUAGAAUUACUACCAAGAGUAUUCCGUAUUUGUGACCCCAACGUUAUAGCUUCUUAACUCAGCAGCAACCAUAGCUGCAACAUGUGUAGCCACAAUAGUCUCUCACAUAUCCUUCUGCCUUUUCAGGGCGUCGUAUUGGGAUCCUGCUCCUUUCUGGACCUAUUUCUUCUCUUUUUUCUAUCCCUGUUUAAUGUCUUUAAUUUUCUGCAAUAUUUUCCCUUAUCAAUGUUGAUCACUUCAUUCUGGUCAAUCCAUUUCCUCCUGCCUCUUUGUUGAUUUUCCUAUGUCCAUUACUUUUUUCAAUUCUGCUUUGUUUCAUUCUUACUUGUCAACUAUGCUAGUUUAAUUAUUCCUUUUUGAUCUUUUUCAGUUAGUUUUCUUGUAUCCUCAUUCCUUCCUCUGUCCCAUUUAGUUUUCCUAGCCAAAACAACAAAAAGUCACCAUGUGAACCACAUUUUGACAACAACCUUCAAAAAUGUUUAAUGUACAAUGGUUUAACCUUCUUCAACUCGUCCGCGACAAUCUGCAACUCAUCUACCCUAGGUAUGACUAAAAUAAGCCCUGCCAUUUAAAGUACCGUCUAAGUAAACACUGCCGUCAUUUUUACGACCAGGGUUCAUGAGUUAGACACUUACAAGAUAUAACAAUUUUCAGAGCGUCAUAUAUUUAUUGACAAACUAUAAGCGUAUUCUAGAAUUACGCCGUACAUGUUUUAUUUUUACUGCCAAAGUAGUUAUACUUUUAGAUCUAUUAUUUAAUAUUUAUAAGUUAAAACAUCACUUAUUUUUGAGUGUUAAACGAGUUAGUCAGUUUUAUAUAAAGUUUUAUCCUGAUGGUUUUUUUUAUCGGCCAGACAAUGCGAUGCACGAAAAACGAUCUUUUAUUAAUUACUAAAAAUGGGACAUUUAUUAUUAAAAUAAAAAUGUCAUUAAUAAUAUAUUUGUAAAAAAAAAUCCAAGGUAAUGAUUGAUGACGAAUUUCGGAUAUUGUAAAAAAAAAUUGGCAUUGUGUAAUUAUUAACACAUUAUAUCAAUUACAUGUUUUCUUUCUCUAAAAGUGAACUAUGAAUAACAACUGGAACAAAUGUGGCACAAACCUAAAGUGAGGCCAGCUGGUUAGGCUAGCACUGCUGUUGUCGCAUUACAGCCCAAUUGUGACAAUUUCAUCAAAUUGACGUAUACUAAAUCGUGUAGAAUUACUAUGGGGUGAUAUACAAAAAAUGUUUCUAAAGUAAGCCAUGGAAGAAUCACUCAUGUCGUUGCAUACAAUUCUUUUUUGAAUGAAAAUUCGAGUUUAAGCUAUAUUUGUUUCUAGCUAUCACGGACGUGACUCGUAUCUGUCUUUAUCAGUUAUUCCAUAAACAUUUUAGUGGAUCACACGUUCCUUUUCUUUUGUCAUUAUAGCUAUAGCCUUUUCUUUCAAAUUCUUCCAUCUCUUUCUCCACUGGCACAUAAAUAUGUUGUAAGCGUAUUUUAAAACCAGACUUUAUAAAACUCUGCUUCAAAAUGACUUCAUAUUAUAAAAACAUUGUAUUUUUACAAUCGGCACUACGUUUUUAAAGCUUAUUGAAAAAAUAAAAUGAUUUUACAAUUCACCUAGCUCGGGUUAGGCUUUACAUAAUACCGUCGCUUGAGAAGAAAACUAUCCUACGUCCAUUUUUUUGAAAAAUAAGUCCUAUUUCAUUGUAGCUUUUUGCAAUACAUGUCCUAAGAAGCCGUAUGGGGAACAAAAAUUACCUAGAAUUGUCUUCGUUAUAGGGCAAUAAAACUUUUAAAUGCGUAAUAUUCAAAACUAAUAGGAAAUGACUUAGGAUAGUAUUCUUCUCAAUCAACAAUACGCAUAUGCCUUGCUUCGCCUUAUUCCAAAAUUCGCCAGUUUUGUAAAAUAAUAAUAGUUAUUAACAUUACUGUUAUAUUACUAUUUACAUAAUAAUAGUUUUGUAAAAUAAAUUAAAAAGUAUGAUAUUUUUGUCUGAGUGGUAAACAUAACUCAAACAUAAAAUACUAAAAAUGUAUUAAGAAACUUAUAGGUACUUAUUUUUAAGUAUAUUUUGAAAAUAACGACAUGUAAAAGGAAACAGAAACCAUAUAAAAGUGAAUAAUGAAUGACACAUACCGAUUAUUUAUUCC